AUGCCUGAACCUGGAGUUGGCUUCGAGUACCCGCCCGUCGAGGUGACAUGGCUCAAGCGAGACGUCCUACUCUUCGCCAACACCAUUGGCGCGACGGCCGAUGAGCUUCACUUCCUCUACGAACUUCACCCCGACUUUGCCGUCUUCCCGACCUACCCAAUCAUCCUUCCUUUCAAGAAGGACUCGAGCGAGGUCGUCGACUUUUAUGCCUCCCAGAAAGCCGUCAAGAUCCCCGAUGUGCCCGACUUUGACUCUACGCGCGUGGUGGAUGGGCAGCGCAAGAUGGAGUUCCUCAAGCCCCUCCCCGUCACCUCGGAGAACCGCAAGUUUGAGAUCCGCCAAAAGGUGCUCGGCGUCUACGACAAGGGCCGCCCCGGCUCCGUCGUUGAGACACAGACAGAUCUCGUGGACGCCAAGAGUGGCGAGGUCUACUCCCGCAUGAUCGGCUCGGCCUUCUUCAUCGCCCAAGGCAACUGGGGCGGCCCCAAGGGCCCUGCCACCGAGAACUUCCCUCCCCCCAAGGGCAAGGCCCCGGACGCGACCCUGGAGCACCAGACCACGCCCGAGUCGGCGCUGCUGUACCGUCUCAACGGCGAUUACAACCCGCUCCACGCCACCCCCGAGCCAGGGAAGAAGAUGGGCUUCGGUGGUGCCAUUAUGCACGGCCUCUACUCGUGGAACACGACAUCGCACCUGCUGCUCAAGAAGUUGGGCGGCGGCGACCCGUCCAACAUCAAGGAGUACCAGGCUCGUUUCGCGAGCCCCGUCAAGCCGGGCGACAAGCUCGUGACGCAGGUCUGGAGGACAGGCGAGAAGAAGGGGGACUUUGAGGAGAUUCGCUUCGUGACGCAGGUCGACGGGGGCAAGGCUUGUUUGACCAACGGACGCGCCCUGAUCCGAGUCGUUGCGGAGUCCAAGAGCAAGCUGUAG